AUUUACGACCCUCCCCGCCCAUGCACAGGAGCUGUGCCUCGGGCUUCUCCUGCAACUCGUGCGUCUGGCCCCUCUCGUGACGAAUCCGGAGGGGAGUGACGGCACGGAGACGGCAAAAGAAGUACUCGGCAGACUUUCUGGUGCCGCUCGGAGUUAUUCGACGUCCGAGCAACCCCCCUUCCUGGUGCGCCUCCUCGAAAAACAGAAGGUCUCCCCGGAUGAUACCAUCCAGCACGCCUGGAAUGCAAAGUGGACCCUAGAACUCGGGGAGAUCCUGGGGUGUGGCGAGGCUGCAGCGUGGCUCCGGGGCAUCGAGACGGCUAGGGGAGUCGACAAACUAUUGGCAAAGGCCACCCAGUUGGAGGAGGGUGGCACGCGGGCGCAGAAGAGCAAAAGCAAGAGGGUUCGGGAGGUACGGCAGGCGCCUGCGAAGAAGCCCAAGGCCACGGUGGUCGGGGGCGAAAAGGUACGGUCGAAGGCACGCGUCGAGGCGCCGGUCGAGGAAACGUCCGAAGAGCACGAGCGAGCUACGCAGGAGUCGGAAGCGGACGGAGGCAAGAUCGAAGCAGAGGAGGAGCGAAUCCGGGCGCAGUUCGAGGAGCUGGAGCGGGCCAAGAACGGAAUCGAAGCGGAGAGGGCUGAGGUAGAGGGGGAGAAGGCGAGUCUCCGGGCGCAGUUCGACGAGCUGGAGGGGGGCAAGAAGGUCGCUGAAGCGGAGAAAAGGAGGCUAAAGCGAGCGACGGCGAGUAUCCGGGCGCAGUACGAAGAGCUGGAGCGGGCCAAGAAGAGCUUCGAAGCGGAGAGGGAGAAGUUUGAGGAAGAGAAAGCAAUUCUGCGAGCGCGGUUAGAGGAGCUGGACCAGGUUGAUGCGGCGGAGGCGGCGCGGAAUGAGAAGGGCAAUGAGCAGCGUGAUCAAUUGGAGGAGCUGAAGACAGCACUGAAGGCGCGGGAGAAGGAGUUGAAGAGAAAGUGGAAAGACGAGAAAAGGAAGCUGGAAAACGAGAAGAAGGAUCUGGAAGAACAAGUUCGCGGGUACGAGAAUGUAAACGAGGUCCUCAAGAAGGAGCUUAAAAAGCACAAGGCCAAGUGA